AUGUGGUCGAUCCCCCCUGCCAGUAUAUUUGGCGAUGGCAAGGAAUCCGACGAACUUGCAACAAAUGGUGAAGAAGAUAGCCACAGCACCAGCCGUCAUCUAAUUAAUCUCAGCAAUGAAAAAAAUCCCACAUUUGAGACUCUACCGCCCGAAUUGCGAUCUCAAGUUCUCUCCAAUGUCCGAGAUCUACGCACACUGAAAUCGCUUGUCCGCGCCUCGCCCGCAUACCACGAACAAUACAGAUUGAAUCGCGACCGCUUUCUUCAGAAUUGUCUGGAGUACGAGCUGGACGGCCUUUAUGUCGACGGCGUGGCCACACUCAAAUCUCGUGUUCGCGAGCUAGGCCGAAGGCGGACCGACGAGACCAUUACCGCCUUCCUGGGUUCCUACCGAUGUUGGAUAUCAGGUCAUGAUUCCGCUGCAAAUGUCCCGUCGCUUAACUCCUCAGACAUCCACUGGCUUUGUGCCUUCCACCUGUCAGUUGCAGUACCACUGGCCAAUUUGUUCUGCCAAUGGGCCCUCGCCAAUCUUGAAAGGGCUGCGGCUUCUUCUGCUGAGGAGGCAGCCCAGGAUGAGCCACAAAUAUCGAUGGGUUUCUCUGUGCUGUCCAAAAGCGAGCGAAUCCGCCCUUGGGAAGCUGAGGAAGUUGGGUGCAUCGACUUUUUUAUCAGGAGCAAGUACACGGAUAUUUUCAACGAAGUCAAGGCGGACCUCCAUCCAGACAGCCCUAGAUUCGAUGACGACAGGGGCCCGGGAUGCUGCCCGGAUCCUGACGGUUCUUAUGAGCUGGAUACUUUCUGGAAUGAUUAUAUGGAAGGCACCGUUUCGCGCGGUAUCAAGAUGACAGCACGACUCCUAGCAAUCGAUAAGCAUGAUCAACUCGUUGACAAGAUGGCUCGCUGUCUCACUCCCUGUCAAUACCUAGACGCGUCUAUAAACGCGUCCUUGAGUACUUUGGCGCAAGCUGACAGACGAGAGGAGCUCAACCACACCCCCAAUGCUAAGGACGACGCCGAGGGACGCGAUCCCUUGUCAUUCCCCGGGGAUACGAUGCCACCGAGAGGACCACCCCUGGCCUGGGUGCUCUUGUGGGGAGGCAAAUACGUCAACAUCUUUGGAGAAUAUGUACCAGGGCCACUGAAGGCUUAUGGAUGGGUUAUGUGGGAUGAACGUCGCCUAGUUGAUAUGCGUGUGAAAAAACUCAUCACUGACCAGUGGAAGACAGCGCCGGAGCUUGUGGACGAAAUUCAACAAGACUAUCCCUGGCUGAGUGACGUAGGAAAAGAUCCACGCAAGAAGAGCUCGUGA